CUUCCUGUAGCGGUUGUUCGUCGCUCGGGUUCCGGUUCCGGGUGGCGGUGCGUCCUGAGCAGGGUCGCGGAGCGGGCAGGUAUGGGACAUGGAAGUGAACACGGCCAUGGCCAUGGCCAUGRCAAAGUGGAACUCCCUGACUACAGGCAGUGGAAAGUCGAGGGAACCCCACUAGAGGAGGUGCAGAGAAGGCUGGCUAAACGGGGUCUGAGGGAUCCCUGGGCUCGUAAUGAAGUCUGGAGAUACAUGGGUAGCUUUUCAAGACCUAUCACUUUAACAGAAGUCUUUACCAGGGGACUCAAGUGGGGAGUUGCAGCUUUCGUCAUAGCUCUGGGCAUUGAAUAUACACUCUUUCCUCCAAAGAAGAAUGGAGGCCAUCAUUGAAGAUCAAAUAUGACAACUUAAUACUAAYCACGAGCUGAWGCAUACAUAAGCCUGCUGCUCACUCUGUGCUUAUAACAUGCCUAUUAAAGUAUAUCACAGGCAAACUCAUGUUUCUUUGAUUUUAUUAUAUUU